CUCAUUUCUCGGGUACACCGCUGUGCUCCGCAGUUCUGUUGACCGGUGGGUAACAGUGAACUGAACGACGAUGGCGCUGCGAGCUUGUGGCUUUAUAGUGUUUCGACGUCUGGCCAACAGUGUUCCUCCUCCAGGCAACAUUGAGUACCUGCUGCUGCAGACCUCGUAUGGGGAGAACCACUGGACUCCACCCAAAGGUCAUGUGGACCCAGGUGAAGAUGACCUCACCACAGCCUUGAGAGAGACACAGGAGGAGGCAGGGCUGAGGGCAGAGCACCUGCGGGUGAUUGACAGCUUUGUUCAGGAGCUGCACUAUGAAGUGCGUGGCAGACCCAAGGAGGUGCUGUACUGGCUGGCCGAGCUCCGAGACCCAGGAGCAGCAGUGACUCUGUCUGACGAGCACCAGGACUAUCGCUGGGCCCAGCUGGAGGAGGCAUGCAGUCUGGCCCAGUACAAAGACCUGCAGGACACGCUGCGCGCAGCACACACACACUUACAGACUCAGGGGGACAAACUGUGAUCAAACAGAGAAGACCGGUGACUACAUGCACGACUACUUCCGACCUCACUUUGAGAAACGUGGUCUUCGGGUGUUCAGCCAAACUAAAUGUUCCAGGAUUUGCUUUCUCAGUUUUACUAAAAAAACACUUGGGAAAAGGACGAUGGGACACAAAGAAAAUAUCUAUAUUGUAUCUUAUAAUGGCUCAAGUGAAAUUUUAACUGGAUAAAAAGUGAAUUGUAGACCUUAUAUUUGACCACAGGGUGGAGACAGAUGCAGCUCUUUUGCUGCCAUAGAUCCACGCUGUAACUUUGUCAGAUCACUUCAGUAACAACUGUUCAAAAUGUUACAAUGAAACAAUGGACAUUAGGACAUCACCGUGCUUACUGCAUGUUUACUGUGUCAUUUGAAACAUUGUCUUGUUUUAAUGGAAAGACUGUUUACCAUCUUCUCAUCCAGUCAACUCGUUUUUUCUCUUUCUCUUUAAAAUGUUCAGUAAAAUAUGUUUUAAGUGAUUUCAGCAUAUUGUAGAUAUUUAAAGGGAAAAUUGAGUGAGUGCUGCCUUUUGUCCCACUUGAGUCACAGCACACAGGAGCUGUUGAUCCACUGAUGCCCAACGGUUUCAGUGUUUGAAAUCCUUUCUUUGUUAAGAUUAAAGUGGGCGUAGGUUUUAUUUGUAGAGCCUGUUCAAAUCUGUCGUGUCCACGUCUGAAGCAGGUGCUCUGAGCACAGUCAGUGAAGACUAUGGGCUGCAUUUACACUCCACAGUGCAAGUGAACCAAUUCUGAUCUUUUCCUCCCAUGUGGCACAAAUCAAACAUGAGAGUGAAAGCAAGAACAAAGCACAUGGAUUAAGAUUUGCAUAUGGAAAUAAAUCAGAUUAUGUGCAUUUGCAUCUACAAUCUAAGCGGACAGAUCAAAUAUUCCACUAUCAAUGUGACGUGUGCUGCCUGAGUGACAUAAAUACAUGUUUAUCUAUGAUCCCAUGACUCGCCAUGCUGAGGAUUCAUGCCUUUUAAGCCUUUCAAGUGAGGAUUUCAAAACCAUUUUCAGGUAGUGUCAUGUAACUGUUGAAAGACAAUGUAAGCAGUUCCUCCCAAACAAUAAAUCUGAUAUUGGCAACAUCAGAAUAAGGAGAGAGUGAA